ACCUUCUUCCUCUGACACGUGAAAUAUCUGUAACUUCUCUCCCUCUCUCUCGGCCCCCCAUCCGAGCUCUCAGGACCAUGGUCAUGGACGGAAGCGGAGGAACCCUAUCGGAGAUUUACCAAAGCGCGAAGAAGAUCUUGCUGAGGACCCGCGAUGGCCUCGAACGCCUCGAGCGGCUCGAGUACUCCACUUCUACAGCGGGCAUGGAUACUGAGCUCGCCUUCGCCGUCAAGAAGGAUAUUACUCAGAUCCAAUCCCUAUGUGCUGAGAUGGACCGCCUCAUCGCUGCUAAGCCUCAACGCGAUCUCUGGAAAAGGAAAGUAGAACAAAUAGCUGAGGAGGCUGAAUCAUUGAGAGAAAGUUUGGAUAAAUAUAACUUCAGAAAUCAAAAACGAAUGACAGAAGCUAGGGAGAGGGCAGAACUGCUGGGACGAGCUAAUGGGGAUUCUGCUCACAUUUUGAGAAUUUUUGACGAGGAGGCACAAGCAAUGCAGUCAGUUCGUAAUUCCUCAAGGGAGCUGGAAAAUGCUAAUGCACUUGGGGAGUCCAUCCUGUCCUCAAUACAUGGGCAAAGGGAACGCUUAAAGGGUGCACAACGGAAAGCGUUAGAUAUCAUCAAUACAGUUGGGAUAUCAACUACCGUUUUGAGGCUUAUUGAGAGACGGCAUCGUGUUGACCAAUGGAUCAAAUAUGCAGGCAUGCUUUUUACUAUCAUUUUCUUGUUUGCGUUUAUUUUUUGGAGACGUUGACACUAUCACGUGUCGGUACUAAACUGGCAUGUUUGCGUUUUUUUGCCCGCCUUAAAAAAUUCUGUGGGGAAAUGCAUAUAGAAUUUAGAAAGAGGUCUAUCAGGCUGAGCAGCAGGACAGGAUAUAUGAUGAACAAAGCUGCGUAACCUCAUUAGCAUUUUAACGUACAGAAAGCUGCAUAUAUGUUUCAUUAAUGACAUUUUCCAGCUCUCCCCCCUGAAUAUUUUUUUUUUUUUAAA